UCGAAAGGUCAUCGAUUUUUGUUCCAGCUCUAACAUACAACAGCAACACUUUCGGAGAUAGUUCUGGAAUUUCGUAGUUUUAAUUAAUAAUAAAAGCAAAACUUAGCUAAGCAAAGCAGCCAAUAUGUCGGACUGGGACUCUGUGACUGUUCUGCGGAAAAAGGCACCGAAAUCAUCAACCCUGAAGACAGAAUCAGCAGUUAAUCAGGCGCGUCGCCAAGGAGUCACCGUGGACACCCAACAGAAAUAUGGUGCUGGCACCAACAAGCAGCAUGUGACCACAAAGAACACUGCCAAACUCGACCGCGAAACUGAGGAGCUGCGCCACGAUAAAAUUCCACUCGAUGUGGGCAAGCUUAUCCAGCAAGGACGUCAGGGCAAGGGUCUUAGUCAGAAGGACCUGGCCACUAAAAUCUGCGAGAAGCAGCAAGUAGUGACCGAUUACGAGGCUGGACGCGGCAUUCCCAAUAACUUAAUCCUGGGCAAGAUGGAGCGCGUUCUGGGCAUGAAGCUGCGCGGCAAGGAGCGCGGCCAACCAAUAGCGCCUCCCGGUAAAAAGUGAGACGAUGCUGCCGCGUCUGCCGCCAGUGGUGCUCCACACACGACCACCUCGGCACGCAGCGCCCGGCAACAGAACCAUCAACACCCGGAUUCUGGAGGCUGGAGCACGGUGGGCGGCAGACGCAAAUGAAGCAUUAUCGGGAGGCUGGCGAACCAAAUCAAAUCGGGUCAUCCAGCAGCAGCUGCAGUCGCAGCAACCCAGAAACAUAGAAACCGAAGAUCCAACUAAUUACCACUAUGAGCGCCAAUUUUCGCAAUUGUUUGUUCCAAGCCAAGAAGUCAGCGGGACUCGCAGCGCUUGCCACUUGUCAAUCUUUUUACCGAUAAAUUAACCAUUGUAAUUACCCAAAAUACAUACACCCACACAAAAUGCACACAACCCGGAUGCGGAAACCAAGACGGACGUGAAACGCAACAGACUUAUCUGAUAUUAACGCGCUCAUAGCUUGGACAAGUGUUAUUCGUUCAUUUUGGCAUUAGAGUUUGUUUUGAAACUUGAUCUAAGUUAUGGAAUUAAAACCAAGACAUGAAAAGCAUGGAAAAACA